UGACUAUCAAAUUUGCCAGCAACCCCGAUGAAAGGAUUUGCCGCGCUUGUGGGCGCCGCCGCGUGCCUUGCCAACUUGGCCAUGGGAGACAUUUCGUGGAACCUGAAGAUGGGAAACCAUAGCAUGGCAUUCAAUGGGAUGUUGGACGAAGCCCCCGUGGAAGAAGGCUUCUGCGACACCACCAAGCAAUUGAGCGGGUACUUCAAGAUCGACGGGUCCAAGAGCAAGAACUACUUCUACUGGUUCUUUGAAUCGCGCAACGCGCCGUCCACGGACCCGUUUGUGAUCUGGCUCACGGGUGGACCCGGGUGUAGCUCGAUCUUGGCGCUCUUGGGCGAGAACGGUCCAUGCACUGUAAACGACGACCUGACGCUCAAGCGCAACCCGUUCUCAUGGAACGAAAAGUCGAACAUCAUGUGGAUCGAUCAGCCUGCCGGCGUAGGGUUCAGCUACGGGGACACGAGCGAAUACGACACGGACGAAACCAUGGUCGGCAACGACAUGUAUCACUUUUUGCAAGAGUUCUUCCAAGUGCAUCCUGAAUACGCCCAAAACGACUUCUACGUGUUUGGCGAGAGUUAUGCUGGUCAUUACGUGCCUGCUGUGGCCCACCGCAUUUACAUCGGCAACCAAAAAGACGACGGCAACCCCAAGAUCAACCUCAAGGGCAUCGGUAUCGGCAACGGCCUCACCGCCCCGGAAGUCCAGUACAAUUGGUAUCCCGAAAUGGCGCACAACAACACGUACGGCGUACAAGCCAUCUCGGACGAGAUCUACGCGACGGAGAAGGCGGCGCUGCCCGCGUGCAUCAAGAUGAUUGAGCUGUGCCAGAAGACCAACGUAGCGUGCCUCGUCGCCCAAGUGUACUGCAAUGCUGCCCUCGUCACGCCGUACCAACUGUCCGGGUUGAACGUGUACGACAUCCGCGAAAAAUGCGAGCACUUGCCCAUGUGCUACGACUUUAGCUCGAUCGAAAAGUUCCUGCGCCUGCCGUCGACUCUGGAAGCGCUCCACGUGAGCCCCAAGAGCUCCAAGUGGGAAUCGUGCAACAUGGUCGUGCAUGCUGCGUUCAGCUACGACUGGAUGAAGAACUUUGACGGAUUGGUGACGCCCAUGGUCGAAAACGGCAUCGACGUGCUCGUGUACGCUGGCGACGCCGACUUCAUUGUCAACUGGAUGGGCUGCAAGGCGUGGACCGUGGCGCUGGACUGGAAGUACCAGUCGCAAUUUGCGCAAAUCGAAGACGUGGACUGGGUCGUCAAGGGCAAAAAGGCCGGCAAGGUGCGCAGUCUCCAAGGCCUGACGUUCUUGCAAGUGUUUGAAGCGGGCCACAUGGUGCCCAUGAACCAGCCGGAAAACGCGCUGUACAUGCUCGAGGAAUUCACCAAGUCGAAGAACUCGUUUGCCGCGCGACAUGAUUUGACGACGACCCACGACGAGACGGCGUUGGAUCUGUUGGUCGUGGACGACGACGACAUCCAAGUCGACUUUGUUUUCUCGCCUUAAUUUCGCUUUGAAUGAGUUUAUGUUGCACUCUCCA